CUGCUGUGUAGCUACUGAUGGUUAAGCCCAGGGAUGAGUGUGAAUAAAUAUCACAUGGAAGUGCAAAACGAGAAUUAGCUGGACCUUAUUGACAACUCACUGGUUUUGAGAUGAGAUGACUAAGUCCUUGAGGGACGAUAGAAUUCUAGAUUUUCUGCGGACUUAACUUACCAAAGUUAUAUGGCAUUCUAUGCAGGUUUUAUCUAUAUUAAAGGUCAGACAGCAGGAAAUUCUGUUGUUUGAGGCAACCCAUCUCGUGCUGAAUACCGGACUGAAUGGCUGGGAGCUUCCAGGGAUUGCACUGCUGCUGAGGGCCUGUCGCAAGCUGGAGAAUCUUGUCAUAGUUAUGAAUGAUGAAGCUGAAGAGUUACAAUUCAAUGAUGCUUUCCAACGAAUUUAUGCUUUUAAACAAGAAUUUUACUGGAAGAACCAAGGUGCUUCCUCCACUGUCUGCUUGCAACAACUGGCUGUUGUUGAGUUCAGGAUCCCUCAUGGAGUUAAGUUUUUUCGAGUGACCGAUAACGACAUUUGAGACUUGGAGACAUGGAAAAAUAACAGCAUUGAGAAACAAUUCUUCCCUGAAGACACCAUCCAAGGAUAUUCAGCUGGGGCUGAGCUUCUCAGGUUCUUGAGAAGCAAGUCAGUAAAUCUGGGCAAGUUGAUUUUCACUACUAAGAAGCAGCAGUUUCAGAUCUGUCUGAAAAAAAUUUAACCAAAUCUUCCCUAUGCAUGAGAUGUUAUACUGAAUAUACAGAACUCAAGGCCUGAUUUAUUCGAAAUUAUGAGAUAUUGAACUCAAAGCAUUCUUACACUGAAGCCUGUUGGCCUUCAUUGCCUUUGAUAGUGAUGGAGCUCAUAUUGAUGAAACUUGUGUUUGAUUAUUCCUUCUUCAAGUUUUUAUGAUGAAACUAAGAGUUUGAGACAAUCUCAAUGUUGCUCGAAAUUAUAUAUACAUGGAUAUUACCAAA